AUGGUGUCACCACACCUGCACCCUGCUUCAACUCCGCGUCACCUCCAACUGCCAACACCCGCGAGCUCGCAGCGAGACCCUUGCUUCCAACAACCUUACCGCGACCCAGCGACUUUCGCACUUCCAUCUUCCACCCCCAUCCUUGUCACCACUUUCAUUGCCCAUCGCCCAUCGCCCAUUGGCCACCCUGAUGACCUCACGAUGGAACGCUCUGUGUCACGCGGCCUCUCGAUUCUGACACACCCCAAAAGCGGACUCGCAGAAUGGGCGGAGAAGAUCAAAGUGAUCCAGUGGCGGGUGGACGACAACGAGGUGGAGCAGUGGCAGCAGCUUGAGGAGGAGAUACGCGCGAGUCGGCUGGUGAGGAAGAGAAGGAGUCACGGAUAUGGGAGUCGGAGCGGGAUGCCGGCUGUGGUCGAUGAGGCGCCUGUAGCUGAACGGCAAAGUCCUACGCGUGGCGAAGAUGAAGACUUCCGGGACUACACCACCCACCAAGCCAACGCCUUCACAAAACUCUCCUCUGCCACCUCUGCGCCGCAACCGCAAUCGCUGGCGGCGCAGGCGGCCCGCGCCUCAACAAACACGCGCCCCAGGCGGACGCGCACGACCCGACACAGUUCGAGCAGCGGGAGUUGUGGUCGCUUGGAUAGUCAAUACUCAUGCAAUUUGGGUCUUCUGGAUAAUCACCGUUGCUAUGUAAAGUGA